GUAUUCCAAUCAUAUGUUCAUAUUAUUGCGCGUAAAAUUUUGAAAUAAUGAUUAUAAAAGUUUCAAUAAGAGAUUGAUUGCAUUAUAAAGAAUUACAUGAUUUAUAAUAUUUUAAAGAGAUGUAUCAUCUAAUUAAGAAAUUGGGAAUUACUUUGGAGUCAUUGAAAUGUUUUAAAUUACCUACUUGGCUAUUAGUAAAAUAAUCAAUAGCAACAGUGAUUCUUAUACAAGAUUCGUGAUUAUACCUUUCUCAAGGACUUUCUAUUAUAAUCUCUAUAAUAAUUUUUAAUGAUUUGUGCCAUAAUUUUGGAAGCAUGAAAUGCAUAAAAAGACAAUUAAACGAAAUGUGUUUAGUUCAACAACACAGAAGAUAAAAGCACCUCAACAUUUAUUAAGACUACGAGACGAUGAAUCUUAUGAACAUGAGUUACGUGGAACACCAUUACCAAACUUACAAAUAAAAGAGUUUUCUAAGAGAAUUAUUAGUCCAAUAAGUUGUGAUCGAGCUAGUAUCUCAACGUCUAUGUCAUGGCCUGAGGAAAUGGAAAAUGUUGCAACUGAGAAAUUACUUCAACAAUGGGAUGCAAUUGAAAGGGUUCUUUAUAAUGAAACUGAUAACUUGUCCAACAAUGAAAUUUUUGAAGAAUGUAUGCAAUGGAAAAUGCAAAUACCACAUCUGAGAGUUAUUGGAAAAGGAUUACUUGAUGAAAAUAUUAGUAAAUCUGCAGAUUGUAGCACAGAUAAUAGAGAAGUACAAAAACCGUUCGAUUAUAGUGAUAGUCUAAAACUAUCUAUUGAAUGUGAUCAGGCAACAAAGGUAUAUAUAUGUAAUACCAAUGAAUCUUUAAAAAAUCAGCAAUAUAAACAAUUAAAAGAAGAAGUAUUUAAUAUUAUCUCGGAAUACAUAAAUUCUCAAUUAUUUCCAAAUAAAAACGAUGAUACAGACACAUUAGAUAGUAAACUAGAUAAAGUAUUAAAAAUUACUACUGCAUCUAUGUGUAGAAAUAGAACAUUUACAAAAAGUUCUAAAUCUACUAGAUCGAGUGAUCAAAUUUUGUAUCGUGAAGAUUUUGAAGAUGAUUCUUCGGAUUUCUAUAAUGUGAAACAACAUGAUCAGAAUAGUUUGGACAAAUCAAAAUCUGAAACUAUUACAAGGAGUAAACGUUUCCCUCAAAGGAGAAAAAAACAUUCCAUUUCUGCGAGUAAAAUAAAAGCUUUACAGAAAGUGGAAAAUGAUGUAAAUGAUGAAAGGGAAAGACUAUAUACUCCACAGCAAAACAGAAAUAAACUCGGUACUGUUUUUAAUGAAAAGAUUGUUGUUAGCCCUGUGCCUUUUGCUGUAUCAACUAGAGAAAGUUUUUCUACUUUAAAAACUAUUCCCAUUAGAUUCAUGGAACAAGCUUUAGAAAUCUCAACUUCUCAAGGAUCUGCUAGAAAUUCAUUUUCUAACAUUAAACCAUGGAAGUCAAACAGUAUUAGAAUGCCGGAUAAUCAUUCUGCUUGGCAAACCCCUGUAUCUCCAGCUGUGUGGCCGAAAAAUCUUAGACUUGCUCCUAUAGAUACUUCAAGGCUUCCCAGCAGCAAAAAUAGAUCAUUGUCGUUGGCUGCAUCACCAGCUGUGUUACAGCGCAGUAUAAAACCUUUAAGUCCUAUUUCACAUUCAAUAAUGCCUUCUACUGCAAAAAUUAUACGCGAUAAAAAUAAUGAUAUUCUAGAACUUCAAGGUAAGCAUAUUACUACAGGACAAGCUCCAAAGUCAGCUUUAUUUAUAAGUAAUUGGGAUUACAGUCCUAGAAACAUUUUAAGUAGGAAAAAGAAUGUUUUACUCAAAAAUAAAAAAUAAUAUUUAAUAUACGUUUGAUAGUAUAUAUUGCUUAUAAUGUGAAUUAUAAAAUAUGCUUCUAUUAUUUCGAAAUGUUUAGUUUUAUAUAUAUAAUAAGAUUCGUAAGAUAUUAUAUAUAUGUAGCUUUAUCAAUAUCUGAAGAGAUUAACUAUGGGACCAUAAAAUCGAAGAAGAUCUAUUCAAAUUCUAUUUAUAUAAUUUAAUUUAAAUAAUUAAUUGAAUAUUCACAAUGCAAGAAUACGAAUAUUUUAUUAUAUAAUAUGAUGAGCAUAUCACAUUAUGUAUCCUUA